CUGCAAAAUGGUCCGCAGACAGGGUAGUCACAAGUUUAUUGCGCGGAACGAGAAUGCUUUAUUUGUGGAAAAGCAUCUUCUAGAGAGGCUGGGAUUUCAUCCGAAUAUCAUCCGGUGUGUACUUUUAGGCCGCAAACGUACAUCUCUUAUACCGCGCUAGGUAUUAUGGUCCAUAUGAAGUCGGCGGCAUUAAGGGUGGCAUAUUGCUUGGUAAAGCGAACCGCGGAGAUCUCCAAUCAUACAUGGAGAGCCCCGACAACAAAACCGACAAUGCUUUGCGAAGAAAAUGGUGUCUUCAGAUGGCUCAAGCUCUUGCCUAUGUCCACAAGAAAGGGAUUAUCCAUUCAAACAUCAGCGACACCAAUGUCCUUGUUCACGAGACCAAUCAGACGAUCGACCUACUUCUUGCGGAUUUUGGCGGAUCGAAGUGUGUCGAGCUCUCCCUGAACGGACAUCUACUCCCCGAUAUUCCUUUCGGUCAUCCAGAUGUGACAGACUUUGAAUCCCCAUCUUUAGAUGUGUUCAGCUUAGGGGUCCUGUUCUACGUCAUUGUUACUGGGCAUUAUCCCUUCCAUGAAGGGCCAGCGCCAAAGAACGAGGAACAUUUAGUGUAUUAUGACUAUGCCGAGCAGAAGUACGAACAAGGCGAAUUUCCCGACCUGUCUGGCGUCAUGUUUGGAGAUAUUAUUGCCGCUUGUUGUUGCGAGCGCCGAUUUACGACUGCAGAUCAUGUGAUUGAUGCUCUUUGUGCUGAAAUGCAGAAUGAUUCCGAAGAUCCUGGUAGAGAUGUGGCAUCAAUAACCAAAUAAAGUACUCAUGCAGUUUAGAACUUAUGAAUUCAACAACACUUAUGAAUUCAACAAUUAGCAGAGUAGUAUUUCAGGCUUGUCGCAAUUGAUUCAUGCUUGAGCUAACAUUAC